CAAAAUCCCAAAAUUUUCUUCUUCUGCUUGUAUUAACUUUGAUAGUUAGUCUGUAGUGGACAAAAGAAAAUAGAAAUGGCAGAUUGGUAGUUUGUGAGACAAUUCCAUGUCAAUUGUUGAAACCUCCAAUGUAAAUUGUUUUUUUUUUUUUUUUUUUUUGUUCAAACGUGAGUUGUCGUCUUCUAAUCAGAAAAAAGUGAAAAAUCCACCAAACUCCGACACAGUCUCACAGUUCAGAAACAAAAGAAAGAAAGAAGGAAAACCCUAAGUUGUCUCACUACACAAAAAAGCAUGGGACUCUGCCCAGUUGUUUUGUCAAACAAAGGUUGAUUGGCAGUGUAUAUUGUAUAGUUUGUUGGUGUAUACAACUUGAGUGGUGAUAAAUAAUUGCCAAAUGGCGGAAAUCGUUGGACCAAGGUUGUACAGUUGCUGCAAUUGCAGAAACCAAGUUGCCCUUCACGAUGAUGUUAUAUCCAAGUCUUUUCAGGGGAGAAAUGGUCGAGCCUUUUUGUUCUCCCAUGCAAUGAACAUAAUGGUGGGUCCUAAGGAGGAUAGACAACUGAUGACUGGUCUUCACACGGUGGCUGAUGUCUACUGCUGUGAUUGCCGUGAAGUGUUGGGUUGGAAAUAUGAGCGGGCUUAUGAGGAAACACAGAAGUACAAGGAAGGGAAAUUCAUUCUUGAGAAGUCAAAAAUUGUCAAAGAGAACUGGUAGUACCCAUGUAAAUUUUCUGGAUGAUUCUCUCUUGAUCUAGAAGGUGUAUGGAUGCCUUUCUGUGCUUUUUUUCUCCUCAAUUGAAAAUAUUCAUGUAUUGUUCUUCCCUGUGCAUUCUUGUUGUGUUCCUUGUGUGGAUAUUGUACUGGAUAUUAUUCAUUAUGUUAAUAAAAUUGUGAAUGAUUCUCUCAACUUUGUAUUUCAGCAUGUGAUUGAACCUGCAUUUAGUAAAUUUUAUUCAUUUCUAACACAUUCCCAUCACAGACUAACAUGCUGUUUCUAUGAGUUCUGUUCACAUUCCCAUCACCGAUUAACAUACUGUUUCUAUGACUUCUGUUUUCUGACUGUGGCUAAAUAUGAUAACCUACAAGAAGUCAUAGGUAAUCCGUGUUCAUUUCUGUUCCUGUAGUCUGCACCUGCUACUUCCUGUUUACAGAAAGUAAACAUGCAUUCACAGUUAUGAAUUAGCUUAGUAUGUUAUCAUUACAACCUUAUCAGAUUUAUGUGCCAAUGGCUUUUCAUUGAUGUGAUUGGAGCUGAGAAACAGGAUAUGUUAUGUGAUAUGGCUAGAAGUUAUAUCUUCAGUG